UUUGUUUACAAAUGGCGGACAAAGGAAGAAACGCUGAUGGUGAUGGGCAAUCAGAGACAAAAUCUAGUCUUGAAGAUUUCGUGACUGAGAAUUAUCAGAAGCAGAAGGAUGAAGGACGUUUGGACUCAACAAAUGAACUCACUGACCAGAGGACAUCUGACUUCUUUUCUCGGGCAUUGUCUGAGAGCAGAAGAAUGAGCGCAGAGGUCAACAAAUCCCAUCGUAAACUGGACAAGAUUCACACCGAGUUCGGCACACAAAUGGUCAACUCCUGGCAGGCUGAACACAUGACCGAGGUCCUCCAACCACAUGAGCAAGACUUCAUCAAUAAGGCAAAGUACCAGAAUCCUCAGGCGCCAUCAGAGCCAAGCUGAACUAUGAUUUUAAAUUACUUGUUUAAAAGUUAUCAUCUUUAUGUGUUUCAUGUUAUUCACUGUUUUGAUGCACGGUUCAGCAUCUAGACACUCCAUAGAAGCCAAGUUGAAUAGCUGGAUGGGGAUUUUAAAUUACUCAUUUAAGUGUUAUCAUCUUUCAGUGUUAAUUGUUGUUUUUCAUCAUCUUUCAGUGUUUCAUGUUUUUCACCAUUUUGAUACAUUUUCCAGAAAUAGCAAAAAAGCAUUUAAUUGUUCUUCAAAAGUUCAGUGUUUUAUUUGAUAUUUUGAUGUAUUGUUUGCUCUUUGGUGAUGAAUUUGUCUUAAUUUUUCAUUUAUGUUCCCUGUUUCAAUUUUCUUUAACAAAGGAAAACAAUAACAGCCUCAAAUGUAAAGAAUAUAUUUUGGAUCUUUCCAAAUUCUUGUUAUGUUUUUUUGUGGUGAACAAAUGUCCAUUUUACUUGAAGAAUCAUUUUUGUCAAGUCUAGCAACAGUUAUUUUUACAUUAUAAUAAAUGUAUUUUAAUACUCGAUCUUUACUAUGGUACAUGUAUUUAUAAUAAAAACAUGUUCACUGCCUGUUCAUAUUUUCGUUGCUAUUGCAAUUUAUGUUUGACUGUAAGUCAGACAAUUUGAUAGAAAGUUGUUCUCAUCUAUUUUUGACUCAAUAAAAUGUUUAAAUGGUUUGUCUGUUGUGUAGUCAGAUCCAUUGUUGUUUGCAUAUUAAUUCCCAACUGAAUUGAGACUUCUCAGCCUUAUCACUUGGGAUAACAUGGUGUUAGAUUUAUGCAUAUAUUGUUCAUUAAUAGAUUAUACUAUAAUUAUGUUUGUUCAAUAUUAUUUUGUUUUUUUCAAUGACUAAAGGUCACUUAAAAAUUCGCUUUGUUACUUCUUGAUAUUAUUGUUUUCAGAAGUGCUGUUCUGCAAUGCUCAAUCAACUAUUCAUUAUUCAUAAAGGUAUGACCUGACUAUUAACACCAUACAUUUUACAUCAUAUGUCUUUUUUAUACCCCCUCUAAAUGAAGUUUAAGGGGGUAUAUGGGAGUGAGCUUGUCUGUCGGUCAGUCUAUCUGUAGGUCCAUGUCCGCUCUCUAAUUCAAGUAGUUUUCAUCUGAUCUUCACCAAACUUGGUCAGAAGUUGUAUCUUCAUGAUGUCUAGGCCAAGUUCGAACAUGGGCCUUGCCUUGUCAAAAACUAGGUCUAGGGUUACUUAGUGAGUUUUAAACAUUGAGCAUGGUGUCCGAUCUCUAAUUAAAGUAUUUUUUUAUCCGAUCUUCACCACACUUGGUCAGAAGUUGUAUCUAGAUGAUGUGUAGGUCAAGUUCGAACAUGGGCCAUGCAGGGUCAAAAACCAGGUCACUGGGUCACUUAAUGCUUGUUAAACAUUGAGCAUGGUGUCCGCUGUUUUUUGUGAAGACAACAUGCAAAAUAUUCUGUGUCAAUGUGUCAUGUGCGGGUAUUCGUCAUGUCUGUGACAAAGCUCUAGUUUACAUACACAUGGUUUAACAUUCUGUUAAUUAAUUGGUCAUAUUCUUGCAAUUGUUUUUAUGCAAAUCCUGAAAACUUGCAUCAAUUGGAAAAUGGAGUAUAAGGUAUUAACAGAGGGUUGUAAAAUAAUAAAUGCAAUAAAACUUUUCAAAGUUUAUUGUGUUUUGGGAUAACAAUAUCCUGGUUAUCUAAAAACAUUAGGGUACAAAAACAUACCUAAAAGCAACAACACAAGCUAGGGGAUUCCCUUCUACACAUACACAGAAUAAUGGUAGUAUAGUUAAAGGAUGAUAGAGAUGGAAAAUUGUAAGAAGAUGCAAAUUUGUUACACAAUAGCGCCAUCUAUUUCUUGAUAUAGUUUGGGAAAAUUAACGGGUCAUUGAUCUUAUGUGAAAAUAAAAAUAAAGUCAGAUACAAAUAUUCAUAUUUACAGUAAAUGACACUAAUUUCUUUCUUUUGUCAUGAUUAAGACUUGAGAUGUGAAGGUACUGUACAUACAAUUUUAUUUUCUUAAUGAACAGCGGCCCUGCUCUGCUAAAAUCGAUGUUUAAGUGUACAGGAAUACUGUAGUAAUAUAUAAACUUGUGGAAUAACAGCAUGAAGGAUAAAAAAAUCUAUUUGCCCGAGCGAUUGGUCAUCGAAAUUAAUAAAAGAAAACAUGAACAUAAAUAAGUACUGGUAAUAAUUAAAAUGACAUACUUUUUAAAAACAGCUUGCUUUUGCAGUUUACAAUUUACACAUGGUUUCACAAAUUCUGUAUAACUAUGUAACACAUUUUAACAACCACUACGUAUUUGAGCAUUCUUGCAAAUUAUAUAAGUUUAUGUGUACAAAAAUCCAUUUGUGGAUAAAUAUAAAGGAAACUGAUAGUUAUAAUUACACCCCCCCCCCCCC